AUGGGUGAUAAAGACAGAUUUCCCGUUUUUCCGACACCAAUGGCAAAACAACAAAUGAAAGCUCGAUUGUCAAUAGCCGAAAAAGGCCAUGACAUGUUGAAAAAGAAGGUAGAAGUACUGGAUAUGAGGUUUCGCAAAAUUGGAAAAGAAAUCAUUCAAGUAAAACGUCUGAUGGGUACAAUCUUCGUGGAAGCUUCCAUGCUUUUAGCUGAAGCAAGGUUUGUUUCUGGCCAUUUCAACCAAGCGGUUUUAAACAAAUCUACCAAAGCCAGACUCAAGGUUUAUCAUAAAACGGAAAAUGUCGCUGGAGUUAAACUUGAUGUUUUUGAAUGCUUUGACGAAGGUCAAGAUUACUAUAACUUGACAGGAUUGGCUAAAGGUGGGGAAAAACUGAGUGCUCUAAAGCACGCGUUCAUGAAUGCUACCGAUAUACUUGUAGAGCUUGCCACUCUGCAAACAACUUUUUUGGUUUUGGAUGAAAUUAUUAAAAGCACCAACCGAAGAGUGAAUGCCUUGGAGCAAACGUAUAUUCCGAAAAUCAAGAAAACUAUACAAUAUGUUGAUAGUGAAAUGGACGAAAAUUCUCGCCAGGAUUUCUACCGAUUGAAAAUGGUGAAAAGAAUAAAGUUAAGAGAAAUAGAGGAAAAGAAGAAAGCUAAGGCAGAAAUUGACGAUGCAGGAAAUGGAAAGGACAAGAAGCCAAAUAAGCAAUUUAUGGACAAGUCGAGUCAAACGGACAUUAGAGCAAUAUAA